UAUCUACGUAGGCCUAAAUGGAGCUACUAGUUCAUGAAGCAAGAUUUUGGUACAUAUCUGACACUACAUUAUUAUUUUUUUGUGGGAUUCUUCAGUCAAGCUCUUAAAAUAAGUGAAGAUAGUAGUCUUCACUAGGCCUGAAAUUUUUGAUGCUCAACUUAAAUGUUUCACCACUGUCCGAUGUUUGUAGUAAAGACUGUGUUCGUACAUGAUGCACUGAGCGCUCGUAGUGUAGGAUGGUGGCACAGAACUGUCACGCUAUGAUCUCAACUGUUUCAGUUCCCUGUUCUGAGGUGGCUGAUCAGUCGACACGAAACUCGGUUGUUUCUAACUGCGUUAGCAUAGAAGUGGGACAGGCUCUUUCAACAGGUCCGUGUGACCAAGAUAACAUUUCCACAGAACUGUCAAGCCAACAACCAACCAUUAUACAUCUGUCCUUAACUGAAACCAUGAUUGAACAACAGGCUAACGGGGGUGAUCAAAGCCAUAAGAAGAAAGAAUUGAAACAUUUUUCAAAUUCUGACAGCUAUGAUAAUGUUUCACUGGGUAACUUGUCAAAUAUUUUAAAACAGAAAGAUGAAGUUCCUGAAUGUGAUAAAAAAAUUCAAGAAAAAUCCUCUUGUACCGAGAAGUUAACUAACAUGUAUGCAUUACCAGACCCUAAAAAAGAAAGCAUUUGUGUUAGUCCUGAUGGUUCUGAGUUAAAUACUCAUAGUUUAGCUGCAUCAUUAAGUGUAGGAAAGAAUCUUCCAGAGAAUCAUGGUGUAAAUGGUGAACUUAGCACAUAUACGAGUUUCCUCCCGAACCCCUGGGGUAGUGCCAAAAAGAAGAAAAUAAUUAUAAAGCAACUGCCUCCUUUAGAGUCAUCAAUAGAGACAGACAACAAGAUGAUUGUUCGUAAGUCACUGCGUAGACAAACCAGUAAGUCUUGCUUUAUAAUUACAUCGCAGUCAGAACCUAAGACAUGUGAUGCUGGGAAUUUAGACAUUUCAAAAAAUUAUUUAUCAAGAACCUUACCCGAUGAAGAGAAUAAAAAUUAUGAUAAAAUUCUAAAAUCUUCAGACUUAGGAAAGAGUAUAGUUGAUAUUGAGUGUGUAACUCAAAAGUCCCAAGUUACAACAAACUGUGUAUUUGAAAAGAAACAAAUGCACUGUCCUAAGCAGAAAGCAGUUCUGACUGUUUCUCCUAAUAAAACCAAAAGUACCAUUCUGAGAAGAAAACGAACUCAAGGCAAGUCUGUGAAACACAAAAAUAAAUGUUUGGUUAAGAAAAAGAGGAAAAGGAAGGAGUCAAUGUUAGAUACUGUGACUAUAAAUAUUCCAUCACAAAAACCAAAAAGACCCAAAUUGUCUCUAGGGCCGUACAUUCACAUUGUAGGUACAAAAGAAAGACCGCUGUCUGUCUCUGUCAUCAACUUAGCUUUAACUGGAGAGGAGAUGGCCAAACCUAGGGUUCAGGUUGCCAACAGGAACCCUAACAGAAGGUUACACGUAGGUCAUGUAAGUACCCUGUCUUCAGCAUAUGAUGCUUUUACUAAAGAUGAGACUUGGUUGUGUGCAUUCUGUCACAGAAGAAGCCACGUCGAUGAUCUCGGGGAUCUGUUUGGGCCAUACUACAUAGAGGAUGACAAUCCAAAGAAAGAUGAUGAUGUACUAGUAGAUACUAACGCGUGUAAUCCAGUAGAGCUCAAUAAGCAUUGCCGCUCACGUGUAAAGGAUAGGAAGAAUAGUACAUAUUCCAAAUUUCCGGGACAAUCUACCAGUUCUCAGAGUCCAGGUUCGAAACAGCCUUCCCCAAGCACAUGCUCUGCACAACCUAGUGGGAAGCCGUUGUCAGAGUUUUGGGUUCACGAGAGCUGUGCCUUCUGGGCACACGGAGUUUAUCUUGCUAGUGUAGACCAGGAAAUUGCUGGAUUAGCUCAAGCAGUAAAAGAAGCUGCCGACAUG